AUGGAAGCCUACUAUAUGUGGGAGCGAGUGCAUCUAACAGAGGACAUGAGUCGGUCGUGCAGCUCCUGCGACUGUGUUACGUAUUCGUAUUUCUUGAUAUCCGUGUUCCUGUUCACGUUGGGCUCCAUCAUAUCGGUGUUCUCGUUCGGGGCGUUCGACGACACCGUGUUCGCCAACCUGGGCCACAUGUGGAUGGUCGGACCGCUGUGCAUCUGUUCGGCCGUCAUGAUCGGCAUCAGGAACGUACUGUACUUACGGAGGCGCCGCGUCAUCGACAUGGUUAUCCGCCAACAGAUAGAGGACAUACGAUCUCAACAGGGGCAGUUGGCCGACGCUCAACAACAGUAUUCGUUGCCGAUACGCACGGUAAGCGAACUAACUUUGCCCCCGUCUUACGAACAGUUGAUUGGCAGUCACAGCGAAGAAGGAAGUGACCUACCACCACCGUCAUAUGAAGAAGCUAUAGUGAGCAUGUCCAAGGAAUCAACCAAAAAUGACAACAUUAUUGUUCUUAAUUAUUCUGUUAAAUAAUUUUGUGAACAUGUCUUGAUUGCGGGGGCGUUUGAUGGAAAUAAUUACAUUAUCGACGAGAACUUUAUUCCAGAAAACUUAUUUUCCACUCUGGACAUAACGUCUUUCUCGAAAAUAAUAAUAAUGCAAAAUUAUUUACUUAAUAGCCAAUCAAAACAUUGGUAAAAAUUACAAUCGUUUUUUAAAAUUAGAUCUUAAUUGAUUUUACCUACCAACAAUAUAAAUAUAAUCCCCAGUGUUAUGUGUAAAUAAUUACUCUGUACGUUCAACGGUUUUUUGUUCGUAAUAAUGACUGUAUGAAUGUCAACUAAACGAUAUAUUUGUUAUACAAAUAAGACAUUGGAGACAUGCAUACAUAGGAAAAUUAUCAACAUUUUAUUCAGACUUUUUUUGUUUGAUGAAGUUAUUUUAUAAUUUGUUAUCUCAUUCAAGAGAAAAAUUUCAAUAUUAGGUCUUAAAAGGUCCGAUUUCAAAUGUGUAUUUAAUGGCAAUACGACUGGUUAUAAUAUAUUAUUAGGAUUUAGAAACUUAAACAGUUUAAUAGUUGAAUUGUAAUUUUGUUGUUGUAGAUAAAUUAAUACUAUUUCCUAUUUUCUUGACAUUACUUAAGUAUCUCAGCUUUGUAAGUAUUAUUAAACAUUAAUGAGCAUAACCUUUUUCUUAUGUUUUUGGUAAAAAUCAGUUUUAAUGAUUAUAAGUUAUAGAAGAUCAUUAAAUUAAAUGUAUACUACCCUAUUUGAUUAUUGUAUACAAUUUAUUUUUGAAAACAGUAUUAUAUACGAUUAAUGGAGUUGUCAGUCUCAAAAAUAAAAUAUUCACAUUUUACUGCUGAUUUUUCAGUUAUAGGAUUUAUUUUUGUAGACCAAGUUUCAUGAUUUUGUUCUGUGAUUAAUAAUCUGAAAAAUUCUAAUAUAAGACUAAGUAUUUAUAAUUAUAUUCUAGAAAGUACUUAAUUUUUAAGCUUACUUAAUGUUUAUUUAUUUGCCAAUAUAAAAUGGAAUAAAUAAUAAUUCACUUUAAAAUUUAUGAUGUCCAAGAACUAAUAAUUAUACUAAAUUUAAAAAAAUCAUUUAGCGUAUCAGUGUUGUUUUAUACAGCCAAGUUUAAUUUAAAUUAUUUCCUUAAAAGUUAUUACAAACAUGAAUCAAACUAAUCAUUAAUAGUAGAUGCAGGGCUUUUUGAAGUGAAUUAUUUUAAGAAUAAUAAAGAAUCUUAAAAGUUAAUACAAGUUUAGUCAAUUACUCGUUAAAACCCAUAAUGUAAUGUGUUAUUAAUUAAAUAUUUAAAUAUGUAAUAGUUGUUAAUAGUUAUUAGUCAGUUAAAAUAUUAGACAGUUAUCGUUAGGAAACCUUAAUACUGUAUUGUACGGAAAUUGAUUCUUCCCUUAUAAAUGUGUCUAAAUAUUAACAUUUAAUUUUUCAAUAAUAUGCUUCCGUGUGUACUCCAUUUAUCUUGAGAUACAGUUAGCAUAGCCAUAUUAUGUUUCCAUGCCUACAGAACUUAUAAAUUUAUACUGAUUGAAAUUUCUGUGGAAAAUGAUCUCAUGCGAAAUUUCUCCACUGAGAGGUUCUAAUAUUUAUUUAAAGACAUUUUGAAUUUAUUAAUAUACCCACAUUCUCAUUUUACUAAAAAAAUAUAAUGAUAUCAUCUACUAACUAAUUAGUAGUUAAAACUAUUAAUGACUAGUCUUCCUUUUAUUGUUGUGUCUUUAACCAUGCCAUUUGGGACGUGUAAAUCAUUAAUGUAGAAUUCGUGAACCGAGAUUAGCCAACAGUAGUUAAUGUUGUUGAUCGAUACUCAGCAUUGUACCUAUUUCUAUGAAAUCUUUUCCAGUUAUUUAUUAUCAGCGGUAUUAAUAUGUAACUAACGCAAACUGAAUAAAUCAAUGAUAGUCGUUAGAUUGCUUAUGAGGGUAUAUACUUUAAUAUUAUUAUUGUGCUUUGAAUUUAUAACUGUUUGAA